GAAGGGGAAGAGGGAGGUGGAAGCAUUUGACAGCGCCACCUUCAACGAUUCAACACGUCGACUUUUGCAUGCAUCAAUCUUUCUCCUCCUCCUUUAUUACCUCAUCUUCUCCUCCAAAACCCUAAAUGUAACACCCUGAAUUCUGAUAUCCAUCUCCGAAAAUGAGUCACGGUCAACCACUCGGGCCUCAAUCUGAUGACGAGGACCACUGCCUCUCCCCAGUUUCUCAGCUCCAACAACCCAUCACAUACGGCGACGUUUUCAGGGUUUCCGGCGACUUAGCAUCCAAGCCUAUCUCCCCUCAAGAUGCAGCCGCCAUGCAAGCCGCCGAGGUCCAAGUCUUGGGAAAAACCCACAAGGGAACUCCGGCCGACACCAUGGAGUCCGCUGCCGUCAUCAACGAGAUGGCCGGCCAUGUCGAACACCAAGACUUCACUGACAUUGCCAAGAACCAAGGCGUGUCGGUGACUGAAACGAAGGCCGGGGGUCAGCGUAUCAUCACAGAGGCGGUCGGGGGCCAGGUUCUGGGGCAGCAUGUGGAGCAGGACGGCCCCACCGUGGCUUCUACUAUUGGAUCGGCUGCCAUAGAUGGGGACCCCAUCUCCAUUGGUGAGGCGCUUGAGGCGGUGGCCAUUUCCGCCGGCGAUAAACCGGUGGAUCAGAGUGAUGCUGCCGCUAUCACGGUGGCCGAGAUUAGAGCAACAGGAAACAACCGAGUUGUCCCCGGCGGUGUGGCUGAUACAGCUCAGAACGCAGCCUCUAUGAACACUCAUGCCAGACGCCGGGAAGAUAUGACUAAGCUCUCCGACGUUUUAAUGGAUGCAACGGAGAAGCUGGCGGCGGACAAGCCGGUGACGAAGGAAGAUGCAGAAGCUGUGUAUGCAGCGGAGAUGCAGUUUCCGUGGCGGAGGGACUCGCCGGAGAUGCUAACCACACCCGGCGGAGUAGGGUGUUCCAUGGCCACCGCCGCUCAGCUGAAUGAACAAAAAUAAUACUCAAAAACAAAUCUUUGGUAUCAUCUUCUAUACUGAGACAUAGCAUAAGGCCAAUAAGUUGAUUCGAAAGUAGUCUUUCUCGAUAAAGUCGGUAAUGUCAACUUCGAAGUGCGCAAUCUGGUUGUGACAUGUUAAUAUUAAACUAAACAAUGGUGGUAUUUUAUUCUAUGAAUAUAAUAUAUAUGUUUUGU